AAAAGUUUAGGUGAAAGGAGGGAGCAGCUUUCUCGCUCCGGCACCGGCAUCGCUGUUAACAACUCGCAUGCCCACUCUCGGCACCGCUUCGUCGCUCCUGCUCACCCACCGCCACCGCCUCCUCGCCGCCCGGACCCACUCCGCCUCCAUCAAGAUGGCGCGGUCGGCGCUGGACGAGGUCACCGAUACCGGCGCCUUCGACCGGUCGCCGUCCACCUUCCGGAGCUCCGUUUCCAGGGACGGCCGGUUCCCCGUCGUGGCGGGGCGGUACCACCUCUACGUCUCCUACGCGUGCCCCUGGGCGUCCCGGUGCCUCGCCUUCCUCAAGCUCAAGGGCCUCGACCACGCCAUCGGCGUCACGGCCGUGAAGCCCAUCUUCGAGCGGACCAAGGAGACCGACGACCAUCUGGGCUGGGUGUUCCCCGCCGCCGCCGAUGAGGAGCCCGGCGCCGAGCCCGACACUCUCAACGGCGCCAGGAGCGUCAGGGAGCUCUACGAGAUCGCCAGCUCCAACUACGCCGGGAAGCCAACCGUCCCCGUCCUGUGGGACAAGCAGCUCAAGACGGUGGUGAACAACGAGAGCUCCGAGAUCAUCCGGAUGCUCAACACCGAGUUCAACGACAUCGCCGGGAACCCCGGGCUGGACCUCUACCCGCCUCACCUCCGGGCCUCCAUCGACGAGGCCAAUGAGCUGGUCUACGACGCCAUCAACAACGGCGUCUACAAGUGCGGAUUCGCCAAGAAGCAGGGGCCAUACGACGAGGCCGUGGCGAGAUUAUAUGAGGCUCUGGACAAAUGUGAGGAGAUUCUUGGCAAGCAACGCUAUAUUUGUGGCAACCAGCUGACUGAGGCUGAUAUUCGCCUGUUUGUGACUCUCAUUCGAUUCGAUGAGGUCUAUGCCGUUCACUUCAAAUGCAACAAGAAGCUGCUGAGGGAAUACCCAAACCUAUUCAACUACACCAAGGACAUCUACCAGAUCCCUGGCAUUAGCAGCACUGUCAACAUGGAGCACAUCAGGAAGCACUACUACGGAAGCCAUCCGUCCAUAAACCCCUAUGGGAUUAUCCCCGCUGGACCUAACAUCGACUACAAUGCCCCACAUGACAGGGAGAGGUUUGGCGCCUGACUGCGUGAGGGACCUUUUGUACCGAUCGUGCUUGUUUCUGCAGGAGGCCGGAGCCGUACUAUGCAGUGUUGUGUUGUGGUUGAGGCCCUUGAGGGUCUUGUGCUUGGCACUUGGCACCGGCAGUGUCAAGAGGCUGCAAGUAUCCCUUAUAUACUGCUAUAAAUACUUUUGUAUUGUGUGUGUGUGUGUUUGUGUCUUGUUUGAGGCCCUGUUUAGCUCCCAAAAUUUUCCAAGAAUCCUCAUCUCAUUGAUUUUUUGAAAAAAAAACUAAUUGUACA